AUGUUUGACGGCAGUUUUAAGGCUUCGCGUAAAGUGAACCUCAGUGGUCGCAAGAAGCCCCUAACGGCGUCGACAUCAAGUUUUGGAGGUCAACAUGACGCGGCGUCUGGCUCGAAGGAGGAGCUCUUGCGGGCAAAUCGUUUGGCAAGGAAAGAACGACAGGCACUCAAGUUACGCACAGCUGCAAGUAUAAAGAUUCAGGCCCAAUAUCGUCGUGUCCGGGCGUUACGAAGCGCUCGAGCUGCUGUAUUGGCCAAUUUAGAAUAUCAGCUUAAGCAGGUGAUGCUGACAGCCGAUAUCCAGCAUCCGGCGCUGCCUAUACAGCAGCUCCAGCUGAUUCUACGACAGUUUUUAUUUGCGCGGCCGAGAGGGGCGACGACGUUCGCGGCGGAAAAAAAGCGAAACGUGACGAAGCAGAAUUUCAAGACGGACGUCAAAACCUCUGGACGCAAAAUACAGGAUUACGUGGUUUUUCUAUUGCUUGUGAGCAGUGGAAGAGGCUUGACCGAAUUGGCUACGAAUGUGUUGGCUGCCGAGAAAGACAGUGUAUGGGUUUACCAAAUUUCGAGGAUGAGCGAAAUCGCUUUGUGGACAUUAGUGCACGAAGAGCUUCCAACGUCAGUGAACAAUGCUCAAGUUGCAGUCAAUCCGUAUCUGAUGCUACUGGACACACUGACAAAUGUGUCACAAUACCCGACUUUUGAAGGCUCGAAAGCCCUGUCAAACGUGGUGUAUUACCUUGGCAUGUCAACACGAUACAAUAUUUUUGAUGCAAUGACAGCGUGUAUCACAUACCAGGCACACGAGAACGAGUCACGUGUGUUGAACGACCAGUUGGUGCAAGUCAUUGCAAGAAUUGCAGCCCAGACGCUGCAAUUUGCCGCGGACAUUUUCCACGAUCGAGGUGCUGGUCUUUUGUUACAGUUUGCGAGGAAACUAUUACCGACUCCAUCAUCGGCAACGUCGCCGAUCACGAGCUACGUAACGACCACGGCCUUGUCAAUCGAGAACGGUUCUCGUGACGCAACGACUCAAAGAAUGGGCCUUUUUUGGGCAAAUGUCGCUCAUCGAUUUUGCAGUGACUCGAAGAUGUCGGCACUAUCGUGGCCAGAGCGAGCCAUUUGCGUUGGAAACGUGAUCGAACUGGCGUUUGGGUGUUUGUUUGAUGAAGCGCUUGUACAAAUUAUUCCGCUUGUGCUGUCAGAAUUAGUGACCCCAUCACUUGUGCAAUGGGCGUUCGACGUGAAAUACCUUCAGCAAGAUCCUAUGGUGCUUGUGGAAGAUGAUGGCAUGAGCGAUGAUGGUAACGGGCCGAGUAUCUCGGUGCCUGUCAAGGACGUUGCAAUCGACGAAGAAGUGCAGCGCGGUGUAAAAGAUCUCGGCGAUGCAGAGCCGAGUGUCCGUAUGCAGUGGCAAAAGCUUUGCUACUCCAGAUUUGCUGUGCUGUGUCUUGACGUACUGCUGCGUAUGAAAGAAGGGACAUCAGAGCCAGAUCUGCCUGGCGAGAGUGCUGUUUGUCAGCUUUGCGAUAUCCUUACUACUGUAAUUUUGUCUACAGGGCGGUCUCACGUGCUGAGUGUGGCUGCAAACUUUACAAACCCUCCGUCAGCUAUGCUUGCUUUGUUAAGUGCCAUGACGGUCGAUCAGUUUGCCGAGUGGCCUGCCUCUCCCAUUCCCAAUCGAAAUCGCGUCAACAGCAUGUGGCAGUGGAUAAUCUCAAAGGUUACGAGCGCCAUUUCUCGGCCCUCAAUGCGAUCGCUCGAACACGGUCCGCUUGAUGUAACGACGGUGCCAUUGCAGGUGCUUCUGCUGUUCAACUUGGCCUACUCUCACAUGCUUUUGGGACUUGACGAUGAGACGUUUUAUGACGGACAAUGGCCACUUCGCUUGAGCGAGGUAAAAGUCUUGGUGACAUUGCUAAAACAGUUUAUCUACGAUGUGUGUUGGGCAUGUGAUAGCGACAACGCGCUGCCAACCGGUAACCUGGAGGAAAGAGAUCUCGUGAGACUCUCGGUCGUUAUUACCUCAAUUAGGCUCUUCAACCAGCUAUAUGAUCGGGAUUGUCGGCGUCGUUUUAUGCAUGACGGCGCGUGGUUAUGGCCUUCAAUGCCUACGAUAAGAGAUAUUGUUGACCUAGGACUGAUGAACGAGGACAAAACUCACGGUGCGGAUGCGAUCUACAUGCUAAUGAGUGGGAAUGCAUCUUCUCCGUAUGCACGCGCAGCACUGAUCCUUGUCACGAUCCCGCAAGUAUUGUCGUUCAAAGAACGCGUACAGCUUUUUCAAAAGCUGGUGGAAGACGGCAGGGCACAAGCUGGCAACACGCGCGACGAAUUCUCGCGGGCCUUGAAGGUUCGGAUACAACGCGGUGAGAUUUUGAGCGACAGUUAUGAUUUCUUCCGGCAAGUGUGCGACAACAUGUCUCCUGCAGCCCUUAAAUCGCGCAUCAAGGUGACAUUUAUUAACGACCAAGGCCUAGAGGAGGCAGGCAUUGACGGAGGUGGCGUGUUCAAGGAGUUCAUGGACAGCUUGACGAGGAAUGCGUUUUCGCCAGAGUUUGGUUUUUUCCUGGAAACAGAUGACCACCUGCUUUAUCCUGAUCCCAACGCAAAGUACAUUGUGGACACGCAAAAGGAGGCACUGGACCGCUACCGUUUUCUCGGGCGAGUCUUAGCAAAAGCUGUGUUCGAAGACAUUCUCGUGGAGCCACAGUUCGCCGCGUUUUUUCUCAACAAACUCCUGGGCAAGUUUAAUUACAUUGACGACUUGCAUUCAUUGGAUCCCGAGCUAUACACAUCGCUUAUGCGUCUUAAGCACUAUGACGGCAACGUGGAGGAUCUGGCGCUGACUUUUAGUGUGAGCGAGGUGCAGUUUGAUAAAGUUGUGACACGUAACCUCUUGCCUGAUGGCUCUAACGUCCCCGUUACAAACGAUGAUCGGAUUCGUUACAUACACUUAAUGGCCAACUACAAGUUGAAUGUGCUGACUUCCAUUGAGUGUACAGCGUUCUUGACGGGCUUCCAUGACUUGAUCCCGGGGUCAUGGAUUCAAAUGUUUUCUCCAACCGAGCUGCAGAUGCUUAUCGGUGGCACUGCCACGAACAUUGACAUUGAUGACUGGGAGCGCCAUACUCAAUAUGGAGGUGGAUACCACCCAUCUCAACAAGUCAUCCAAUGGUUCUGGGAAAUCGUGAAGGAGGACUUCACGCCUGAAGACCGCGCGGCACUGCUCAAGUUCAUCACGAGUUGUUCCCGCCAACCGUUGCUGGGCUUUUCUAAGUUAGUGCCACAGAUCGGUAUCCACCAAGUGCGCGUUGAAGAUGACGAGCGGCUACCGUCUAGUGCCACGUGCAUGAAUUUACUCAAGCUACCAGCUUACUCCAAUAAGAACUCAAUGCGCAGGAAAUUGGUGUAUGCCAUUCGAUCCAAUGCGGGCUUUGACCUCUCUUAA